AUGUCGUCCAUUGUCUCGCUACCCAUCACAGUCGCCCAGUCGACUUCGGCACACUACGAUCCUCUACCGAACGUAUACAAUCUCAAAGACCUCAUAAAGGAUAUCAAGUCCCACCUGGGAGACUCCGCUGGGAUCGAUUCCUCCAGUAUCAACGAGGAGUACCUCAUCUCCAUUGUCCGGAAAUACGUAUCCAAUCUAGACGACUGGGUACGGUAUUUCCACAACGACCCUAGCAAGAACUAUACCCGCAAUGCUAUUGAAAAUAUCAACUCCAAGGCAAAUAUCCUCCUCCUUGUUUGGAACCCGGGAAAGGGAUCCCCCGUACACGACCACGCCAAUGCGCAUUGCAUCAUGAAGAUUCUGGCAGGUCAACUAGCGGAAACGGUCUACGAGACCCCCAAAAACGCAGACGGGAAGGCUGGUCCUUUAAAAGUGAAAUCUCACCGGGUACAUCAGAUGAAUGAAGUGGCUUAUAUCUCUGAUGAAAUCGGGUUGCAUCGUGUGCAUAACCCGAAUGCGGAUCAAGUAGCGGUUUCUCUACACUUGUAUACGCCGCCAAAUGCCGCAGACUACGGCUAUUAUAUCUUCGAUGAAGCAACAGGAAAGGCCAGUUUUGUACCGCAGGCACGGUCAUAUUUGAAACCUAAAAAUUCUGCAUAA